UGUCUUGUCUUGUCGAUUCUUUCUAUCGUUUCGUUUUAUCCUCGUGUGCGCUGUGCAGCUGCCUCUGCCGUCCCGUUUUUGUAAAUUUUUCAUCACAAGAAAGGUUUUAAAAAUUAUAGUGAUCCUUAAAUUUGGUGAAGUUGUUUUUGUUCAAAUUUUAAUACAGAUUCACAUAAAUGGGGGAGAAUAAAGAGCCAGUUACACCUGGUGACCCUACCGCUGACAUGGUCGAUGAAAAACAGGAGUCUCAACCGGAGGAGAGGCAGCUGGCAGUGAACCUGAGGCAUGUCGAGUGUAUGGGUCCUUGGUUCCUGCGGUAUAUCCAGGAAAAGGAUGCAGAAUUUCACCACUGUGAAGUCGAGGAGGUGGAGGCAGAAGAAUGUGUCAUCGAGAACGAUGACACUUAUCUGAAAAGCUUGGAUCCCAAACUGUGGAAGAACCAAGACCACUACGCUGUGCUGGGCUUGCAGAAGUAUCGUCACCGCGCACCUGACGCUCUGAUACGUAAGGCGUAUAAGCAAAAGGUUCUGCAACACCAUCCGGACAAGAGGUGUUCGACGGGAAAAAUUGACAUCAACAAUGAUUAUUUUACGUGUAUCACUAAAGCGUGGGAGAUUUUAGGGACUAAAGAGAAAAGGAGGGCAUUCGAUUCUGUAGAUCCUGAGUUCGAUAAUACGAUUCCUUAUGAUAAUGAAAACGUUAGGAAAAACUUUUACGAUGUGUUUGGAGAUAUCUUUGAAAGAAAUGCUAGGUGGUCAGAAAAGAAGAUGGUGCCGAAGUUAGGAGGACCUGAUGCGACCAAACAAGAAGUCGAUAACUUCUAUAAUUUCUGGUACAGCUUUGAGUCUUGGAGAGAGUUUUCGUACUGGGAUUCCGAGGCAAAGGAAUCUGGGCAAGACCGUGAUGAGAGAAAGUGGAUCGAGAAACAGAACAAAGCGGAUCGAGCAAAAAAGAAGAAGGAUGAGAUGUCGAGAAUUCGUAGAUUGGUUGAUCUGGCAUAUGGUAUGGAUCCUCGAAUCGUCCAAUUUAAAAUAGAAGAAAAAGAACGGAAGUUGGCUGCAAAGAAAGCGAAACAAGAAGCGGCACGAGAAAAAGCAGAAGAAUUAAAACGAGUUGAAAGGGAGGCGGAAGAACGAGUACGGCUUGAGAAGGAAAAGGAGGAAGCUGAAGAAAGAGCUAAAGCCGACGCACUCAAGGCAGAACGUGAUGCCGAAAAACGAAUCAUAAAGAAAGAAAGAAAGAAAAUACGAGAUAUAUGUAAAGCUAAUCAACACUUUAUAUCUAAUGAAAACGAUUUAGUUAAUCAUAUGACGGUUUUAGAAAAAGCUCUAACAAUUUAUGGAAAGACGGAAUUAAUAGAAUUAACUAAAAGUUUGGAAACAAAAGGUAAAAAAGGAUUUAUGGAAAUGAUGGCAGCAAUAGAACAGCUCUCGGAGAAAGAAAGAAGGAAAGAUGAGGGUCUUAUAAACAAGCAGAAUUCUGCACAAUCAAAUGAUCCUAAAGGAGGGUCAACAGUGUGGUCUAAAGAAGAUGUCCAGAUCCUGAUCAGAGCCGUGAAUCUGUUCCCUGCAGGAACCGUACAACGUUGGGAGGCCGUCACCAACUUCAUCAACCAACACAAUAAUGGACUCCCUGAACCUAGAAUCAUUAGGAAUAAAAAGGAAGUUCUGGCCAAAGUUAAAGAGUUGCAGAAUACGUCGAGUGAUCUACUAAAAGAAACGAUAAACAAGAACGCCUACGAUAGUUUUGAAAAAGAGAAAAAGGCCUCCUUGAACGUUACGAGUGAAGCUUCAGAAAGGGUUGAGAACAAUGUCUCGGCUGCGCCGUGGACUUCGGAAGAGCAAAAGUUGCUCGAACAGGCCCUGAAAACGUAUCCCAGCAGAACUUUGGAGCGGUGGGACAAAGUGGCAGAAUGUGUUAAGUCCCGCAGUAAGAAGGAGUGUAUGCUCCGGUGCAAAGAACUGGCAGAAAUAGUGAAAGCGAAGAAAGCCGCUCAAGCCUCCAAAACUGGUGGGAGUUGCUAGUGCUAAAAGUGAUACCUCUAGAAGAAGCUAUUUUUAUACCACGCGACUUGGAAUUUUGAAGCCACAAACAAAACAAUUAAUUUGUAAUUUAUACCUACAUUUAAAGCAUGUAAAUUUAUGGUUAUAAACCUUCAAGAAAUUUUUUUUGAUUUCACACAGUAAUUUUUAUUAUUUUAAAAAAUUGUCAAUAUUUUAUGAGGUUCAUACUUGAAAAAUUAUGACAUAAAUUUUUGUAAUGUCAUUGCAAGCUUCUUCAUAGCAUAGGGAUUUUAAUGAGGAAAGUACAAAUCCUUAAUGUACAACCUGUUUUUACAAGCAAUCUAAUUUUACAUGUAUUUGUGGCCUGUUACAUUUUUAAUGAGGGAGAAUCUUACGAUUUUUAAAAUAUUACAUAAUUUGUUUUUUAGUAUUUUUAAACUGUUUUAUGGAUUGUUGGAUUUUUUAGUAAAUUCUUAAUUAGUAGAAAUCAAAUCAAGUAAAAUGUGUUAUUCCUAAGCUCAAUACAUAAUUAAAAAAUCGCUGUAAAAGUAAAAAUAAAAUAGUUCUGAUUCUUAAUUUAUAGGGCAAUUUGGCAUCCAUGCAGGAAAUACGUUUUUAUAGUCAUGUAAGUUUGUUAGUUUACAUGAGCUCUUGGUUGGAAUUUAUUUUACAAUAACUAAUAGACGUAUAAAUAAUAGUAUAAUUAUUUGUUUAACUCUCCAUAUAGAAUUCCUUAGUCUCAAGUUGAUAACAAUUAAUUGAAUAUAUUUUACCUUAUAGUUAAUGUGAUAAAUUACAAUACUCUCACUCAAACACAAAGAUUUCUGUUCGAUAAAUCUUUAUGUACAUUUAAGGACGUCUUAUUAUUUUCGCUGAGAAGAGAGGAGUAUAUCAAUGUUUUAAGGAUUUGAAAUAUUUUUGUAAUGCUCUCCAAUUAUAUAUACUGUAAAUAACACUUCGAGUUUGUAUCAUUUGAAGUAAAUAAAAUGUUUUAACUAAGCUGUGUUCUCAAUUUCAACAUGCGUCUUGCUGCACACUUCUCUUUUCUCCACUCGUAAUGUUUUCAAACCAUUUUUGUUUUUUGUAAUACAUUUUUUAUUCAAAUUUCAACACCCAUUCUAUAUGUUUUUGAGUUUGCACUGCGUGUUUCAUAUCACAAUUGAAAUAUUAAUACGGUUUCCAAUUCAACACACACACACCAGAUUUCUUAAAUCUUCUAAUAUAUUUUUACAUAUCUCGUAUUUUCUUUCUUUAUUAUUUGUUUCUCAGCAUCACGUUCUGCUUUCAGUGCGUCAGCUUUAGCUCUUUCCUCUGUCUAAAAUCUGAUGACUUUCUCACUUCCAUAGAAUACUACGAUAGACAAAUUUCUCAAGUGAGCUUUCAGAAUCCAAAAUCAUGGGUCCCGUGAAAAUAUGAGCUUGUAAGACAUAUUUAUUUGUGUCAUGAAAGUUAUAAGUGUAACUUUAAAAAUUUGUGCUAAAUAAAAUUAGAUUUUUAAGUGAACAAUUGGUAUCAAAACCAAUAAUACCAUCUCAAAAUUUUACGAUUAGUAAAAAUUAAAAGCAAAUUAAAAAUAGUGUUCAAAAAUGUAAGGCCUAUUACAUUUUGAAUUAGGGAGAAUCUUAAGGUUUUUAAAAUAUUGCAUAUUUGUUUUUUUAAGUAUAACGUGUAUUAUUAAACUUAAUGGAUUGUUGUAUUUUUCUGUAAAUUCUUAAUUAGUAGGAGUUAAAUAAAGUAUAAUGUGUUAUUUCAAGCUCAAUACAUAGUUUAAAAUAUGCUGUAGAAUAAAUAAUUGUAAUUCUUAAUAGGGCAGUUUGGCAUACAUGCUUGAAAUACGUUUUUAUAAAGUCAUGUAAGUUUGUUAGUUUACAUGAACUUUUGGUGGAAAUUAAUUUACAAUAACUAACAAAUUGUAAAUAAUAGUGUAGUUAUUUGUUUGAUUUAGUCCAUUGUUAGAAUUCCUUAGUAUCAAAUUGAUUACAAUGAAUUGAGUAUAUUUUACCUUAUGGUUAAUGUGAUAAUUACAAUACUCUCACUCAAACACAAAGAUUUCUGUUGGCUAAAUCUUUAUGUACAUUUAAGGACGUCAUUACUUUCGCUCAGAAGAAAGGAGUAUAUCAAUGUUUUAAGGAUUUGAAAUAUUUUUGUAAUGCUCUCCAAUUAUAAAUACUGUAAAUAACACUUCAAGUUUGUAUUAUUUGAAGUAAAUAAAAUGUUUUAACUUAAA